GGAAAGCUUUGCGAGAGGACCUGCUGCUUAAAGCUUUUAGUACGAAAAAGCUUCGCGCAAUGCAAGUCCGAAAAGCAAGCAGCGCACCAGAGUCUUACCCCGAGUCGUGUGUUGUCAAUACCGAAAGAAAAUGCGUGCCAGCUGGGCUGCAUGAAAAGGAAAACUUGGUCAUUUCAACAGUUCAGUUCAGUUCAGUUCAGUUCGGGUCGGGUUUGCAAUUCAACAGCACUGCGAAAACGGAUCAAAUAAAAUCAAAAUAUUCGAACGAAUAAUUUACACUCACAACAAUAAGUUACAAAACGGAGUAAUAUCGACUAUAGUAUUCUCUCUAUAUAUGUAGCAUAUAUAUUAUAGACCGUAUAUAUGCCAUUUAUAUGAGAGUUGGCCAAGAGGAACGCAACAACAACAACUGCAUAAUAAAACGUUGCCCAGUUAGCCAGAGGCAAGUGCAGCACGUAAGUUGCAACAAUUUCGGGGCACAAGUAGAAGACACAUUGUAAAAGCGAGCGCAGCGUUGCCAGAUUGCCAACAACAAUAGACCCCAAAGAACAACAACAACAACAAACUACAUACAAAAAAACAACAAGCAUAAAGCAAGCAAGCAAACUGACGGACGCCAGGUGGCGCUGCUGUUGCGCUGGCAUGCACAAAAAGUGAGAGCGAAGCAGAAGCAAAAUCAACCGAAUCAGUUCGUGCCGCUGGAAAUCCUGUCGCUAAUUAGUUGUCGGAACAUGGGCUGCGCCUUUGAAGCAGCCAGAGAGCAGCCCAAACAAAGAACAAAACAACCAAAUAGAAAUCAAUGUGCUGCCUCAGUAACAACAGCAACAACAGCAAUAGGAAGUACUACAACUACAACAACUACGAGCAGAGAAGCAGAGGACAUACAAAUCAAGGAUAACUAUCAACAAAAUCAUAAAACGCAAACAGCGACAGCAAAAGCAAACGGCAAACAUCAAAAAGCGACAGCUCAAGUGCUUUUAGCGACACAGCAACAACAACAGCAGCAGCAACAACAGUUUUGUCAAGUGGCGUUGGAUAACAAGGACGCGUUGGCGACGACACACGAAACAAUCGAAGCAACAACAGCAGCAGCAGCAGCAGCAACGCCAACAAUCGAUAUUGAGGCAACAAACGAUUUGCAAAUAACUUGCACCAAUUGCUACAGUCGCAGCCCAGAGAUUAACAGAGAUGAGCAGCCGCAGCAGCAGCAGCUUCAGCAGCAACAGCGGCGACGUCGUCGCCGGCAUUCAAGGCGUCAAGAUCAUGGGCGUCGCAACAAGGGAUUGCUGGCAACACCAACAACAACAGCAACAACAACACCAACAAUGGUUGCAGCAGCCACAACAACAGCAACAUUGGCUGGCAUACCCUGUCUGCGGUUGCACGAGAUGUUGCUGCAUGCGCGAGCUGCCUUAGCGACGCCUCGUAACUCGGCAAACGAAGAGCAGCAAGAGCAAAAGCAGAAGGACGUGGUGCAGCAGCAACAGCAACCAUUAGCCUAUCGGCCGUGGCAAUGUCUGUCGGACAAUGUCGCCAGCGCCGUCGUACCCGCCACCAUGUCAGCCGCCAUUUUAGCCAAUCUGAGCGCCACAUCGGCUGCCGCUUAUCAGUAUCUGGGCCAGCAUUAUAAACAUUAUAGCCAAUCGUUCAGCUUCUAUGCGGCAUCCAGUGUAAUACUGAUGCUCUGCUAUCUGACCACCACAUCCACGGCCGCUGCCACACAAUCGGAGACGGGUGCCCUUGACAAGCAUCCCAUUCAUGGCAUCGAUUGGUCGAAAUUCGAUGAAUCGAGCUCAGAUAAGGAGAUAUUAGAUUUAUUACUCGAGAAAAAACGCUAUGAUAAACGAUUACUGCCGCCUGUAAAUGAUGAAGACUUUUGCUGUGGUUUGCAAUCGCCCGAUAUGGCUACAAAUCAAAAUGCACGGAGACCACACAAUCGCGGCACGCUGACCGUAAAUGUUAAUGUGUUGCUUUUAAGCUUAGCAUCGCCCGAUGAAAGCAGCUUGAAAUAUGAAGUGGAAUUUCUAUUGAAUCAGCAAUGGAACGAUCCACGGCUGCAAUAUGGCAAUAAGUCGCACUAUGAUUUCUUAAAUGCUUUGCAUCAUCAUGACAGCAUCUGGACGCCCGACACGUACUUCAUUAUGCAUGGCGAUUUCAAGGAUCCCAUCAUACCAAUGCAUUUCGCUUUAAGAAUAUUUCGGAACGGGACCAUUACGUACGCAAUGAGGCGUCACUUGAUAUUGUCCUGUCAGGGCAGCCUGCACAUAUUUCCAUUCGAUGAUCCAAAGUGCUCAUUCUCUAUGGAAAGCAUUUCGUAUGAGGAAGCACAAAUCAAGUAUGUUUGGAAGAAUGAUGAGGAUACGCUGCGUAAAAGUCCCUCAUUGACCACACUGAAUGCGUAUUUGAUUAAGAAUCAAACGACGGCCUGUGAUCAAAAUAGUUGGCGAGGGAACUACAGCUGUCUUAGGGUCGAUUUAAUCUUUACCAGAGAUCGUGCAUUCUAUUUCACCACCGUUUUUAUACCUGGCAUUAUAUUGGUGACGUCAUCCUUUAUAACAUUCUGGCUAGAAUGGAAUGCCGUGCCAGCUAGAUCAAUGAUAGGCGUGACAACAAUGUUGAAUUUCUUCACUACCUCGAACGGUUUCCGCAGCACUCUGCCCGUUGUCUCGAAUCUAACUGCGAUGAAUGUGUGGGACGGCGUCUGCAUGUGCUUCAUUUAUGCCUCACUGCUGGAGUUCGUUUGCGUCAAUUAUGUGGGCCGAAAGCGUCCGCUGCACAACGUCGUCUACCGGCCAGGCGAAAAUCCCGUAACACAGCGUCUUCCAGCGGUACUAAGCAGGAUCGGAGUAAUUCUUGCAAGUCCUUUGGCAAGCGCCAACGCCACACCGGCCAUGGCAAAUACGCCGCUAUCGACGGCUAUGGGCACGGCCGCAUCGACGGCAACCCCGGGCACACCUCGCUGUGCCGUGGACGAGGAUUUCUUUGGCGGUGGCAUGCGGUGGCAGGAGGCGCAUGGUGGCAUCAUCGGUGCAGCCGUGCAAAAUUUGCGGGCACGUUCGAUUAAACGUAAAAGCGGACGGGAAGCCGCAGCUAAAAGCCCGUCAUCAACAUCCAUAUCGCCAGGUGUGAGCAAAAGCGUCGUCCCAAUGCCAGCCGAGCAUAUCUACGAGGAGCCAGCUCCAGCUCCAGCUCCUGCACCAUCCACGAUUGCCACGCGAGUCAAGUUCAAGGAUGAGCAAGAGGAUGAUGCAUCCACCACCUCCACUUCGACGUUGCGACGCUCGAUUGCCACAAGCACGCCAGCGUUGGUGGUGCGUAUCGAACAGGAGGAAGAGGAAACGUUAAAGUCAAACACAGAAUCAGAGAAGGUAGGGGCUGGAGCAGAGCCACAGCCAUUGCAGCAGUCUAUCGAAAUGACCGAACAUCAAUGUCAAUUGGCAAUGCCAUUAAAGCCGCCACGCAGGAAAUCUUCGCGCUCCAAUUCGCCGAGCAACGCGUUCGCCGCCACGGAUGAGGAGUCAAUGAUGAUGACAACGACGAUGACGACGACGACGACGACGUCGACGACCAGAGCAAGGGAAACUGGCGAGAAGCGACGCGAUGCCGGGGCACCCAAUGAAAUUGUGGCAUGCACCACAUGCGGUGGCAGCAACAGCCCGUGCACCCAUUCGGCCAACAACGGCUGUGCCACGGAGACAUGCUUCGUUCAAGUGCGCAAAAAAGAGCCACCGCAUCCGAUUCGUGUGGCGAAGACGAUCGAUGUCAUUGCUAGAAUUACAUUUCCAACAGCUUAUGCCAUAUUUCUGAUAUUCUUUUUUGUACACUACAAAGGAUUUUCGUAAAAUUAAGCUAAAAGCAACCAUUAAAUGCAAAUCAAACAUCCAAAGAGCAUGUGCUUUAAGAAAAUGAAUGCAAAUGAACAAACCAAAAAGAGAAAAAAAAAACAACAAACAAGAAAACCAAAAACAGCAUAAAGAAUUAUUAAGUAAUAUUAAACUCUAGAGAAAAUCACGCAAAAUGUGAAAAUAAUAUAAUGGUUAAUAUGGAAGAAUGCAGUUUUCUAAGUUCUUAAGGCCUUGCAAAAGUCAUUUAACUUUAAUGUAACAAAGGGAAACACAAAGUAAUUUAAUUAACAAUUAAUACACUAUGAGAAUAAAAUAGCAAGACAAGUGAUAAGAAAGAAAUUAGUUAAAAAUAAUAAUAAUUAAAUAAAUGAGUUGUUAAACGAUUUAAAUUACUUACACAUUUACACACGAAUUAUUUACCAAAUAAGUUGUUAAUAUUUAAAUAUUUACGGGAAUUACAUUUAUGCGAAAUAGAAAAAUACGAAAAGAUUUUCGACUGCCUAUUUUAACAACAAAUAAUAAUAUAAAACAAAAAUUGCUCGACGAAUGCAUAGACAUUUAAAUGAAAACGCAAAUGUUAAGUAUUAAUUAAUAAUACUUAAACAAAUUAUAGAAACAAAAGUUAUGCUGAAAGUAUGUACCAAAAUGAAACACCAUCUAAAACAAAAAAAAGACCUAGCCUACUUAAAAAAAAAAUAUGAAAAACAAAAUUCAACAUGAAAAAAUCAGCUUUAACGCUUUAUCUAUGCCUAGUUAAACGAAAGAACAAAAUAAAUGCCGAAACUCAUAUUUAUACAAUAGAUGCAUAUAUAAAUGUUAUAUACAUACAACAAUUCUAGUCAAAUAUUAUAAAUUACUUAGUUGAAAUGCCUCCGAAUAUGUCAAAUUGUUAUAAUAAUUUUAUGUUGCUCAAAAGGAAAUAUAUUUUAGAUCUGCUCCGAAUUUAAUUUUGUAUACAAUUCAGCAGUUUUUUCGGGUCAGAUCUCGCUUUAGAAAAAAUGGGUAUAAUUAAAUAUUUGGUUAUACAUUUAAAAUUUUUUGGAUAUUUCAGAUUAUCUUACGUUUUAUAAUUGUUUCGAAUAUUAUUUUACAGUUUUGAUUCUUCAAAAAGAAUAUCGUAAUUUUCAAAUGUAAUGAAUUCAUAAAUAAGUCUAGGACUUUAUUUAAAUUCUAAACAGAUACCUAAUGUAUGCUUUUCAUAUUUUUCUGGAUUAAAAAUUACUUGAAAUGAAGAGCAUAUUGCACUGAACUACAUAAAAUUUAGUUCAAUUAUUUAUUUAAUAAUUAGUUCAUUUUAAUUUGACUUCUUAGCAGUAGUAAACUUUCAUCACCUUUGUAGCAGCAGGAAUUGGAUAAAACAAUUUAAUUGAGAAACAUAUCAAUGCUAAUGAACAAAAUAAAGUCGUAAUAUAAAAACAAAAAUAAAAAACAACACAAAAAUUAAAACUCAAGAAGCUAUGCCAACCCAACUAUGAAAAAACGCCCAAGUAUUUUAGAUACAAUUUAUGUCGAAAGCAACUAAUGCCCUGCGAAAUUUGCAUAUAGAAGACCAAAACUUGACAAAAAAUACACCUAAAAAUAUAUUUAAAAACUAAAAUUAAACUAAACCAAAUCAAACCAUAAAAUCUUGUGAUAACCACAAAAUCCAAAACAAAACAAAAAACGUAAAAUCGAAAAAAAAAAUGUAACUAAAAUAUAUAUAAAACCUUUGCAUACAAAUUUAUUCAAUUUAAUUAAUUGAGCAGGUUAAUGAGGGCCACCGUUAUAAAUUAUUUAAUGAAAUAUUUAUUAUAUGACACAAAUACAGAACGCAUAUAUAAAGCUUUUUGCAAUUUUUAUAUUUCUAGAACCGUAGAUUUGUUGAAUUAUUAGGCUCCACUUUUGAAUUUCGAAUUCAAAUCAAUUCCACAACAAAAAAUAUUUAUUGCAUACUUUUUGGCGCUGUUUAAAAUUCUUAACAUAAUCUGUCACAUUAACAUUUUAUGUUAAUCCAAAAUGUGUGCUCGCCUUUUUUUGUAGAUUUGCUUCGAACACGAAAUUCAGAAUAAAGCUAUAUACUACAAAACGCAUACAUAUAUAAUUUUGCAAGCAAAAAUAUUUCAAGCUUUGCAGAUUUUUCUCUCGUUUAAAACAAAAUACCAGAAAAAAAAUUAUAAAAGAAAGACAUGGACAAUCUUUUUGCAAUUAAAAAUACAUUUUUAAAAAUUACAAAAUAUUAAAAAAAAAAAUGUCAAUGCUUAUUUAAUAAAUAAUAAAACUAUAAAUGCAAAACAAAUGCUCCCAUGCUAUGCAACAGUAAAAAUCAUAAAAAUUACACCUCAUUUUAUGCGAUUAUUUCAGUUUAUUAUAAUUUUAGAAGGGAACAAAUUAGAAAGGCACUAGAAAUAAAUCUGUAGAAUACAGUGCCAAUUAACGCAAGGAAUGUACAAAAUGAAUGAGCUCGAUUAUAAAAGAUAUCACUAAAAAUGUGUUUUUAAAUCCGUUACAAUUUUAAUGUUUUAUGUCAAUGUUAAUAUACUAACAAUUUAAUUGUGCCUUCUUUAAAUGAUAUUAUUAUACAUAAUAGUUACAUUAGCUUAACUGGUUUCAUGUGGUAACGAAAAUUACCCAGCCAUUUCAAUGUAUUUUGAUUUAAACUUCAUAAAACUUACUCAAAAAAAUGCUUUAUUAAAUCUCAAAGACCACUAAAGAAUAUGGCAAAUAAUAUUAUAUAUAAAAUAUAUUCAAAAUAAUGAAAAUAAUACUGAUUAAUGCGGCUUGGUCUAGAGAAGAAGAACUAUCGAUAGUAGGCGCCAUCGAUACUAGUCGAUAGUCAAUUUUCAGCCAUCGAUAGUGUCGAUAGUGCCACCGAUUGUUCUCCGUUUCUAGCUUGGACCCAUUUCUAUUUUCGAAUUAAAUCGAAGCAAAACUAUACUUUUUGAAGAUGUUGAACAUUAAAAUUUGUUGCAAACCAAAAAGUGUAGGUUUAUUUAUUUUUUAUAGAAUUAAUUCGAAAGUGAAUGGCAAACUUUACAGCUCGCUGAUAAAAAUACCAACCUAUUAAACUAAGAGAAUUUAAUUUGUGUUUACUCUGUGUCCAUUCAAAACUGACUGAUCUAUGAUUCGCAUCCACUUGCUAUUCAACCUUACUUAUAUUCAAAUAAAUUUGUAAAAAUUGAAGUAAAAACAGUUCAUGAUAAAUAUUAUCAAUAGAUUUAGUCGAAGUAAUAAAGAUUGUUCCAUAAUUUUUCGACCACUAUUCUCAGUGAGUAUCUCAUUAAUCCAAUCCAUGUGGUACCACACAUUCGAAUAAACUGAAGGCAUAUGAGUGUUGCCACAGCCAAGACCAUAAGUAACAACUCCAUAGAGCGUAAGGUCUUGAAGGAAUGGAUCUCCAGAAUCCCCUGGACAUGGAUCUUCGUCGCUCUCCACGAAAUUGCCAGCGCAUAGCAUUUCAGCCGAGAAAUAGUUAAUAAACGAUUCACAAAACGAUCGAUUUCGCAACUUAACAUCAACAUAAAGUAUUCUUGAAGCAAGAGCGCCACCCUAAGAGCAGUAGAUAGAUCAGAGUAAAUAAAUAAAUAAUGCUUCGACUGAUUCAACCUCGUAAACACGUCCCCAGCCCAUCACUCUAAAAAGACUGCCUUCAUUGGGAGGUUUCGAUGGCAGCUUGAUGAAUCCCACAUGUUUAUUGUUCGAUGGCAAAGAUUCUGCCAACUUAAUAAGCGCAAUAUUGUUUGUAUUAUACAAAGUAAAGUUUGUGUGCACAAAGAUCUUUUCGGCGGGCAUAUUUAGAGUGGCCCCAAGAAUGUGCUUAAGUCGAUUUGGAGUUCCAGCAACUACCAAUAUCACUCUACUUCGAUGCAUAAUCUUGCGUUUGCUUUAAAAUCAUAAUGAGUAAAUCAUAAAUUGAAUAUAUUUUAAUACCCACUCCAUCACGCAAUGUCCGGCUGUUAUCACAAAUAUCGGGGAUAUUAUAGUGCCGCCACAAAAAUGAUUAUCGCCAAAAUAUUUGUGCGGUGUUCGUGAUCUAAUUGAGACAACAUAUUUGGCCAAUGUUCGAUAAAAUUCUUCAUCAAAAUUUGGAGUAGCGAUUCGCUUCAUUCGAUCUGAUCUAACUGUUAGCUCCACACUUUGGGCUAAGCACAAUAGAAUCAAUAAAAAGUAUAUUAACUUAAAAAAAUGCAUGACAAGUUAAAAAAAAUAUUAAUUUCUGACACAAAAAUACUGGAUGAUUGUCAAUUUGAUUU